GGCUUUCUGUCCGUUCCAGCUAAAAUUGUACGAGAAAGUGUUUGUUUUACAGGUAAUUUUUGACGAAAACGUUGAGGAGAAAACACAAGUGAGAGCGUGUUUCAGGCGGCAGCUGAGCGGCGGACUGAGUUGCUUCUUCACGGUUCUCAUGUGUGUUAUAAGUCCCGCCUCCUGCUCCGAGCUCCACACGUUCACAGCGAGCAGCGCGAACACAAACCUCGACAUGGCAGAAGAAGCCCCAGCAGCCGCCCCGGCUAAAGCCGCGGCCAAAGCCCCGAAGAAGAAGGCCGCCCCGAAGGCGAAGAAGGACGGACCCAGCAUCCAGAAGCUGAUCGUGUCCGCCGUGGCCGACUGCAAGGAGCGCAAGGGGGUCUCCCUGGCGGCGCUCAAGAAGGUCCUGGCCGGGAAAGGGGUGGACGUCAGCAAGGCCAACAAGCGCAUCAACACCGCCGUCACCAAGCUGGUCACCAAGGGUACCCUGAGCCAGACCAAAGGCACCGGAGCCUCCGGGUCCUUCAAGCUCGCCAAGCAGGAGCCCAAAGCCGCCAAACCGGCCAAGAAGGUGGUGAAGAAGAAGGCUCCCGCCAAGGCCAAGAAGCCCGCCGCCGCCGCCAAGAAGACCACAGCAGCCAAGAAACCCGCUGCUAAGAAGCCCAAGGCGGUCAAGAAGUCACCAGCCAAGAAGGCACCGGCCAAGAAGGCGGUCAAGAAGGUGGCCAAGAGCCCCAAGAAGGCCGCUCCCAAGAAGCCGAAGGUCGCCAAGAAGCCCGCGGCCAAGAAAGCUCCCGCCAAGAAGCCCGCAGCGAAGAAGGCCAAGAAAUAAACAGCUGCUCGGUCCGCACUGAGUGCAACAACGGCUCUUUUCAGAGCCACCACACUUCCUGAAGAGCUCAUCCUGUUUAUAUUUAUUAGCUGAAAUAUGGUUUUAUAUCAUAAAUUAUAUUUUUAUAUUCACAAACA